CGUUUGACUUUGACAAAUGUUCACAAUUCGCGCAACGGCUAAGAACAAAUACAAAAAUUAAAAAACAAAUAAAUAAAUUUAAAAAAUACCCCUAAAGUGUUUUGAAAAUGCCAUUAGAAGUGCAAGGUACGUUCGUGUCUCAAAAAAUUAACAAAAUUCGAUGGAUCCCGGAAGAGUACGAAGAAACGAAGUGUUUCUUCACCGGCAGUUGGGAUGAUGAGGCAAACUCUAUAAAAGUUUGGACCCUUGAGAGUCCUCAUGAAGAUGAAGAGAUAGAAUAUCCUCGGGCGUUAUCUGAAUUCCCUGUGGAUGGUGAUGUCACAGAAAUAAAGUUCACGGAAAAGAACAAAAUUGUUGUCUCAACAUCGAACGGCGACGUGCGUCUACUGGAAAUUAGCCCCUAUGAGAAACAGACUCCGUUGCGGGAAAUACAUUCAUGGACAAAACUACAUAACUUUGGGACAGACCUUUGCUCAUGUACCUCUCUUGAUGCUAUUGAUGGUGACAUAGUCACAAUUGGCGAAGACGGCAACAUUAACAUACUGAAUGGCAGACGAGGGGAAACUACUCGAACUAUUACUGGUGCUGAUAGCUGUUCCUUGCAUUCUGUUUGUUUCUUCAAACAUAGUGAGAUUAUAACCGGUAAUGUAAGAGGCCACAUGAAAAUCUGGGAUCUCCGAACUAACAACAACAAGCCAGCUGCAUCAUUUUUGCUUGCUGGAGAUGAAAUGGCAGCCACAUGCAUUUUGAAUCAUCCCACUCAGCCUCACAUAGUUCUAGCAGGUAGUGAGUCAGGAUCUCUAGCCAUUUGGGACCUGCGUGUGAACUCAUUUCCAACGUCACUGCUCAAUGCACAUGCUGCUGGCGUCACAGAAAUGCAUUUCCAUCCAGAAAACCCACAAAAGCUUUUAACUUGUUCUGUGUCUGGUGAGAUUUGGGAUUGGAACAUGGAAGCUAUGACAAAGAGCUCCAAAGGACCAGACAACCAAGUUACGAACUGGAUGCCAUUAGAAGAUAAGAAUGCAAUGAUGGUCAACUCCCUCAUGCCUACAUUGCACAAAGCCAUCAAUACCCUCCACUGUGAUAAAGGUAAGGUAAUCUGUGGGGCAGAUAAUGAAGCCAUCUAUCUCAUUAAAAACUUCAAAUACUAGUUUUUGGGUAAAAUAAAAAAUGUGAUUUGUAAUAAUAUGCAUUUUAUUUUAAUUAUUUAAUAAUAUGGAAGUAAAUACACUUACGAAAUAUCAUUAUACUUUAUUAAUAAUACACCAAGUCAGUCUUUGCUUGCCUAGUCAAAGUAUUGGUAAAAUAUUUUACAAAACGAAAGCUAUUUAGAAAAACAUAUUUACAUUAAAUACAAAGAAUACAUGGAAUUCUGAUUGUGGAGACUUAUAAUUUUAAAUAUUUUAUUGCAAUAUAAGGCACCAUGUUAUAAAUCCAUAACAACCAUUACAUUGCCAAAGUGGUAACUUUUGUAUACAAACCAAACGAUUCAAUGGCACCACACCUUCUCUUUUACACAAACAAAUUCGUGAAUUUAAGGACAAUUUCGCUUAGGCUCAGCCACCACACAGAAAUAUCAAUAUAACACUAAAUUAAGGAAUAUGAUGAAUAUUUGGCAUCUCAUUCACAUUUUGUAUACCACACUAAAUGCGUUAACUACAAGAUUAACACGGAGUAUAUGUAUAAUUGUUAUCAUUAAAUAAUAUUUAUCAUAUCACUCAAUUGCAACAUUGUUCAUAUAACUUUAAGCACAGCACAACUUGACUGAAACAUAACUCAUAACUAGGUACACUGUCUCUGACACUUGUGGCUUCAGGCCUCAUGUCUCCUCUUGGUUUCCACACGAAGCUAACACGCAGGAAUAACUGUGGCGAAUAAUACAGUCAUUGUCUUCCAAAGUACACAACAACGAUACUGCAUGUAGCUUGUAUAAUAUUACUCCACCUGCAUGUUAUCUUCAUGCAUUCUAUUGACCAAUGGAUGCCAGUGACCACGGACAUGCACUGCAUUAUAUCUACGUAUAUUCUAGUAUUCGUAACUAAUUAUUCACAAUAAUAUAUUUGAUCUUAUAAUAAUUUAGCAAUAGUUAUUUGCGUAAUCCUACAUGAUGCAAUUCUUGCAUCUUUGUUUUAUUAUCAAAUAUACAGCCAUAAAACAUUUUGGCUGGUAAUUUUCCAUGCGGAAAAUCCAAAAACAAAGCAUAUUUGCUGGAAUUUUAACGCGACGAACAAACGAUAUGCAUAGUGUCAUAUCCGUGGCCCAUCUGUGGGGGCAUUAGGCUCA